CUAAACCCCCUUUGUUAGCACCUCAACCACAGCAGCAGCCACCGUAGAAGACUCAUCAAGAGGUAGCCGCGCCGGAAAAAUGAGUUACAAGUUCCAUCAGUUUCAGGUCGUCGGUAGAGCCCUACCCACGGAGUCAGAUGAGCAUCCUAAGAUUUAUCGUAUGAAGCUCUGGGCAACAAAUGAAGUUCGUGCUAAGAGCAAGUUCUGGUACUUCUUGAGGAAGCUGAAGAAGGUGAAGAAGAGCAAUGGUCAGAUGCUUGCUAUCAACGAGAUUUUUGAGAAGAACCCAACAACCAUCAAGAACUAUGGUAUUUGGUUGAGAUACCAGUCAAGAACUGGAUAUCACAACAUGUACAAAGAAUACCGUGACACCACUCUCAAUGGCGGUGUUGAGCAGAUGUACACUGAGAUGGCCUCCCGCCACCGUGUCCGCCACCACUGCAUCCAGGUCAUCAAGACCGCCACCAUCCCCGCCAAGCUCUGCAAGAGGGAGUCCACAAAGCAGUUCCAUAACUCCAAAAUCAAGUUCCCAUUGGUGUUCAAGAAGGUUAGGCCACCCACUAGAAAGCUCAAGACCACUUACAAGGCUUCAAGGCCUAAUUUGUUUGUGUAAGUGGAAUGAGAAAUCUUAUGAUAUGUUUGUCUUUGAGUUAUUGGAAGCUUUGAUUUUUGUUUUGAGAGACAGGUUUUGUUGUUUACUUGGAUCUUGAAUGUUUUGAUUAUGUGUUAGGAAUCUUGGAUAUUUGAGAUUUUGAUGGUGAAUUUUAUGAUUAGGGAAGUGAUAUUGUUGGAUAAAGAUAAUUAAUGUUUGUUAAACCGAGUCAC